AUGAAAAGUACUCUUAUCAAAACAACCAAUAAAUUCGAAAGUAUUUAUGAAGUAUCGAGAGGUUUGGGUUCUCUUGGAAUACCCACUGCCUGUCGUAAAAAGCGAUAUCUUGAUAAGGUAAAGCUUAUGAUAAUAAUGCGGGACAGCAUAAAUCGACUUCUAAGGGAAUGUUUAGAAUUGAACUUUUAUGCCAUGGAUUGGUCAGGAGCCGGUAUAUACAGAUUUGGGUUAGUGGACCGAUGCAUAUUACCGCCUGAUGAAGAUGAAUUUGGGAUACUUGAGGAUGCGUUCUGUAUCAUUAAAUUGCUUGAAAAAAAAUCACUUGAAAUCGAGAAAAUAGUAAAACAACUAUUUUUAGAAAAUACGAAAGGGAAACGAAGGCAAAUUGCAUCUGUAACUAAUGCGGAAUUAAAUGAAACCGCUCCCCUUAAAGAUAAUGAGUAA